AUGCCGAUCAGCACCGACCGCGUCCGUGUACCGCAGUUGUCCUCCUUCUGCCACCUCGCUAUCCGGCUCCCCUCGCUCGUCUGAUCGCCAGCCUGGUUGCUCGGCUCUCCACCUCACCCUCACCAUCCCUCCCGGUUCAUCCUCUCGUACGCAGCCCCCCCCCCACACCGCCCGUGCCUUGGUCGCGUCCACCAUAUCUUUAACCGUCUUGGCGAGUUGCACGACUACCCCUAACUCGCUCCACGCCGACUCGCUUCUUUGGCGAGCAUUGCCAUCCUCCUCCUCCUCCUCCU